CGCUCUUGUUGUAGUAUCAGAACUAGCUAGACUGUUCAGAGAUACACUUGCUCUAACGAGAAAAAUAUUAUAUAUUCUAUUUCACUUGGAUAUUAACCAGUUAACAACUUAAUAAAAAUGAAGGCUGUUACACAAGGACUUACCAGAAACACAGAAAUCGGUUUGAAGGGAGAUAUGUUCAGGAUUAAUAAGCCAAAGCUGGACGACGGGGAGAUGGCUGCUUGCUUUAUGAAGUUAAAGGAGCUCGUACCCAGUAUUCCCGACGACAAGAAAAUCUCCAAGACCCAGCUUCUCCAGCAUGUAAUUGACUACAUCUACGACUUGGAACUAUCACUAGAUUUCCAACCUGUUGUCUUUAAUUCAACGCCAAGAGAACCAUUGAUGGAAAAGGUGGCGCAAAACCAGACUGAGAAUAUUGUCAGUAUGGAAGACUCCGACUGCGAGAUAGAGAGACCAGUAUCCAAAUAAACACAUGCCAAGACUCCGCUCAAGAGUUUUUAAAUUUUGGAUGUUGUAAAGUGAUCCUCACCAGAAAAGGGCCUUUCAACUUGGUUCUUCUCCAAGGGUCUACAGUAACGUGGAGUUUAAUGUUACGGAGAUUACAAGAUGCUGCCUUUUUGGUACAACUUCUGUGACGAAGAUAUCAUGGUGUUUACAACUUUGAGAGUUACGUUUAUGUAAAUCCAUGGACACUCUUUUCAGGGACUUAGCUUUAUUAAAGCUAUAUAUCUGUUGUUAAUACGUUACCAACAAACUCUGUAAUAUACGUUACGCUAUUGUACUAUAGAUUGAAACGUUACAUGGGAGUUAUAACUUGUUCGUUGAUUCACCAAGGAAUGUAGUAUAUCUAUGCCAGUGAUGCUAAUUAAUCCAGCUAACAGAAUUAUAACCAGACAAUUAAGGACAAAUUAUAUCAUAAUCGAAACAACAGGAAUAAAAUGUUACGUUUUAUCUCAAAACAUUAGCAAUCAUGAAAUACAUUCCGGUUUUAAUGGAAAGUUAAUUUAGUGAAAUGAGUUACAUGCUAGGACUCGGCGCAGGUCCGUUUGGAGUCCCCUAAAUAGAUGCUAGAAGGUGUUUAACAUUAGACACUGUUAAUUAGCAGCCUAGUUGAUAUAUAGUGCACGUUAUUUUGUUCUAAAGUUUAUUGUUUUGUUAAUCUUUUUUACAGUUCUUUAUAAUAAAAAAUAGAAAAUUA